AUGGCGGGCUGAAUGGCCCCUGUCAGUGCAUGCCUGUUCGGGCGUCCUUAGCUUUGAACAAGCGAGAGCUGAACGUGGUAGCGAUAAACGCGGCAUUGUUUUCUUUUUCCCUCGCGUGAGCCAUGCAGGCUUUGCGGAGACAGUAAAUCACAGAACGAUGAAUCCCGUUUUGUGCACAGGUCUCAAGACGGUCUAAUGUAAUUAAUUAAUAGAUCUUACACACUCGGGGGAAUAUUGAUUCCGUGUUAUGAUGCUUUCUUCUGUUGUGCGAGGUAUUCAGUUAAGCGACAAGCUGCUGGGAGCGCCCGUGAAGUGGUCGCGCGUGCAGCAUAGGAGAGCGUUUCUAAGGACUUGGGUAUGUUUCAGGUUGGGGCAAGGGUUGAGCCGCAGCGAAUCUCUCUUGCACCCUGGGGUAGCCUUUGAGGAAGUAAAGAGGAACUUUUGGACUCCAGAAAGGGCCCUGAGAGCAGGUAGGUCUGAGAACAGCAGCACGCAGGUGUCGGUGUCAAGAAGCCAAAAAGGAGGAGGAGGGUCCUUGUCAGCUGCUCAGAAAGUGAAAGAAGCUGGAAGAGAUUUCACAUAUUUAAUAGUGGUGGUUGUUGGGAUCGGCAUUACAGGUGGUUUAUUCUAUGUGAUUUUUAAAGAGUUGUUCUCUUCCUCCAGUCCCAGUAAGAUCUAUGGCGAUGCUUUAGAGAAAUGCAGAGCUCACCCUGAGGUAAUAGGUGUUUUUGGUGAACCCAUAAAAGGUUAUGGUGAAGCAACACGCCGAGGGAGAAGACAGCAUGUAAGUCACAUUGAGUACAUAAAAGAUGGGCUGAAAUAUAUGCGUCUAAAGUUCUACAUUGAAGGAUCAGAGAAAGGAAAACAAGGGACAGUACAUCUGGAAGUGAAAGAGAAUCCUGAAAGUGGAAGGUAUGAAUAUCGCUACAUAUUUGUGGAUAUUGAUGUCUACCCUAGAAGAACCAUCAUCGUUGAGGACAAUAGAUAAGGAAAGAACUAGAAAAACCCUCCAUUAUUAUGACAGUUCUUCACUGCCACAAUAAGCUUAAUAAGUUAACAAAAGUGGGAUGGAUGAAACAAAUAAGACCCAGAAGAUUAUUUCAAAUCUUCAUGUAUUAUCAGCAUCAUGCUAGUGGAACCAAUGGGCUUAUGACUAAUUCUGUGACUUCAAUGCUGGAAGUAGAAAUCAUGGUUUUAAUAGGAAAUGCAAACAGUGUUGACACACUGCAUAUAAAUUGGCAACAAGCUGUGACAACAGCAGUGCUGUCAAGGAACUGUUAAUAGUUCCUUGUGUGAUUUUACAACACACACAUCAUUCACUGUCAUCUAGCAUUUCAGGACAAAUUUCUCCAGUUAAAUACGGAUGACGUACCCUUAAUGCAAUAAAUAUGACAUGCCAAAUAUAUAGACAAUCCGUAACGUACUCUUAUGCUCAGGAUCUGGAUAUAUAUUAUGAUCCAGGGUUUCUGAUUGGACAUUACUAUUUUUAGUAAGAGUAUAACUCAGAUUAUUGUUUUACAGCAGGAUAUCGGGUUUCACUGGAUGAUUUCUCAUUUUGAUUUUGAGUAAAAAUGGUGCUUUCUAGGGGAGAGGAAGUGAUAUAUUUCCUCCCCCUAAAUCUCAAAUGUCAUAACAUUCAGCUUUAUCAGUACUCCAUUUGAUCGUUUGCUUGCUGUUGCUUUGGCACCAUUUUCUUUCCUCUCAUUCUGGUGUGUUCUUCCUUGGUUAGUCACAUAGGCAAUCAGGGAUCACAUAGUGAACAGGAUAACGUAAUGUUUUAUAGCCAAUCCGAUUUGGUCAUCUGACAAAUACAACUGAGGCAAACGAAGCCAGUGUAGAGGGGCGUCAGUGCCUCUCAGAUCAGUCAUAUGUUGAUCCCAGUCAAUUAGGGAUUAAAGUAGGAUCAGUCUGCAUGCUAAUGUUAUUGAUUGCAAACAAGUCCAGUUGGAGUAGCUUUGUCGUCUCUCCAAAUAGGUAAAACGCUUUCUCCCCCCUUGAUAAAUCACUGAAAGGUAAGAUACUUUUUGAUGCUGCCAAAAUAGUGGCAAAAAUGCCUUCCACUCUCAUCUUUUCAGCUCAUUCCCAGCAGUGUCUGGUUUGUUUGCCUGAUAAUGGAGAGGCGGUAUAAUAUCUAACGAAUGGUUUGUCUAUGGCUUGGUUUGAAUACAGCCAGAGUAUUGCCAUCUAGUGGGACUUAUGGCAAACUGCAUCAGUUAAGAGUUCAAUCCUAAACAGAGGUACAUUCUGACUUAAGUGAACUUGGAAGUUGUAACUCUGUUUAGGAUCAUAUGCUUAAUUCCUUUUCAGCUUAUCAUGGUCUACAGUCCAUAUUACAAAGUGUAGUUUUGUAAUAGAGUUUUUCUUGAUCUUAAGUUUCUUAGUUAUUUAAUUGAGAGGAAAUGAGAAAGAAAUUUUACUUACCAAUUAACCUUUAAAGGAAGUAGAAGCAAGCUUUCACACCAAGUACCAUCAAAUUUACCAGAUGUAAUAAAGAGUUCAGUGAUACUGUAAAGACAAAUGAGUUUGUUAUGGUAUAAGAGCCUCCUUUCAAAAACUGUAUUAUAUUAUUGCUGGACCUUCCUUUUAAAAACUGUCCUAAGGAAGUAUGAAGUCUGCUAGAAAAUUUCCAUUAUAUUUCUAAAUGCAAUAGAGAACAUUACAUUAAACUUCAAUCUGCAUCA